AUGAGAAAUCUGACUAUCCUGUCGAGCACUAGCACUCCGUACACAGACGCGCAGGCGGCCACAGGGGUACCGGCACCCCUCUGUGUCAACGUGACUGAGCGAGUCGCCUACGCUGUGAUCGGUGACAAGGACGACAUGGCCAGUUUGGUAUCGAUUCCAUUCGGCUCUGACACUGGCACAUCCACGACAUACACAUUUCUGAUGGAGCGUGAGUCAGUGUUUCUGGCGCUAGCAUCGGGCGAUAUUUUUGUCAUACAAGUCAGCCAGUCCGCUGAGUCGGACAGCGAGCAGGUCGAGUUAGUCGGGUCGGUCGAUGCAGGGAUUGCGGCCGCAUGCUGGAGUCCUGAUGAGGAGCUGCUGGUGCUGGUGACGCAUGAAGACAAGCUUCUGCUGAUGACGCAGGACUUUGAAGUGCUCUAUGAAUUCGGGCUCGCGCAGGCUACGGAGGUCGAGGAAAAGCAUGUUGCACUGGGCUGGGGCAAAAAGGAAACGCAGUACCACGGCAAGGCCGGUAAGGCUGCAGCCCUGGCGCCGCAGGAGCCAGUCAACACGCAGCUGGCAGCCGGUGACGAUGGUUGUGUGCGAGUGUCAUGGCGCGGCGACGGCGCAUACGUGGCGGUGUCGUUUGUUAGCGAUGGAGCACGCGAGAUCCGCGUGUUUUCGCGUGAAGGAAAACUGCACAGCAUUUGCGAGAAGAUCAAGGCACUGGAGCACGUCAUGGCAUGGCGGCCGUCGGGGCGGCUGAUUGCAGCGACCGAGAAGCUCGAGCACAGACAUGACGUGGUAUUCUUUGAGCGCAAUGGGCUACGGCAUGGCGAGUUCACGCUGCGGCCGAGCACAGAGGCCGUGAUGAAUCUGACAUGGAAUUCUGACUCAUCGAUAGUGGCAGUUACGCUUGUCUCGAAUACUGGCAUGGGCCCGGAGGUGUGUGUGGAGCUGUGGUCGGAUAAGAACUACCACUGGUACUUGAAGCAGGAGAUCCGGUCAUCAGUGCUAGGAGACACGGUCAGCCAUGUCGUGUGGGAUACGGAAGACCCAAUGUUGCUGCACAUUGCGGGUGAGCAUUCGUACACGGCUAUGCGGCUACAGAGCACACCGGCGGUGGCCCAAGCGGCAUCAGAGCAGUCGAUCUCUGGAGCGUGCGUGGUUGAUGGAGCCAAGCUGCUCUAUACUCCGUUUGCGUACGCUAAUGUGCCGCCUCCAAUGGCGCUGCACACUCUGACUGCGCCGUCACCCAUAGCACAUGUUGCCUUUGGUGCGUUUGGCGACGGCAAUGAUUUCGCAGCGUUGCUGGCUGAUGGGCGUACGGUGGUUACGUACAAUCUUGUUGAUGAGUCGCUGAUAGUAUUCCGCCAAAUCGCCUGGCCAGCCGAGAACAUCCUGCACGAUGUGCUCUCAGUGGUGCAGAUCGAACAAGGCGAGGUUGUAAGCCGUGCAGUGCUAAAUGUCGAGGACAUGGCGUUUGCAAAGGCAGUCAAGCUUGUGGCAUCACCAAACGUCAACAAGCUGCUCCUGGAGACUGCUGAUGGCAGCGUCUUUGAUGUCGAGUACACGUCGGGGCUGAUGCUGUCCCCCAUUGCAUCUCUGCCUGAGAUGUGUGUCGAUCUGGACGCUGUGUCAGUCGACGGCAAAAUCGAGGUGGUGGCGUGCUCGUCGUUCUUUAUGCGGCGUGACUUUUUGCUACUGACUACUACCACGCACUUUUUGCGCUUUGUGCCAGUCGACACAGACUUUGCCGGUGCCACUGUGGUGGAGGAUGCGCCGGCUGUGUCAAAGUACGAUGAGACGCGGCGGCGUGUGGAGCGCGGAUCAACGAUUGUGCUGGCGUCGACAGUUGGCGAUAGCGUUGUGUUCCAGAUGCCUCGCGGAAAUCUGGAGACGGUGCGGCCAAGGGCGCUGGUGCUCUCCUCAGUCAGACGGCUCCUGGAUGCGCGCAGCUACAAGGCAGCGCUGGUUCUGUGUCGCGUCAACCGCAUUGACAUGAAUGUGAUCUUUGACCACAUUCCAGACAAGCUCAUUGGCGACUUUGCCGAAUUCGUGAACCAGGUGAAUGACCCGGAUCUGCUGAACUUGUUUGUGUCUGGGCUGCGUGACGAGGAUGUUACAAAGUCCAUGUACACUGGCACCAAAGCCGCAGGCAGUGGAGUGGCUGCCGAGUUCAAGGUCGAGGGAAAGACGACAAAGGUGUGCCGUGCUUUGCGGCCAGUUCUUCAGGACGCAGAUGCUGUGCGGUACAUGCCGACGAUCUUGACUACGUUCAUGUGCCAGGUCCCAGCAGAUAUCCCCAGCGCACUGAAGCUACUUGCGCCCCUGUCCACAGAAGAGCGCGACUCGGCUCUGACGUACCUGCUGUUUUUGUCAGAUGUCGAUAGGGUGUAUAACGCAGCCCUUGGCCUGUAUGAUCUUCCACUGGCGCUGCUAGUUGCCCAACGCAGCCAGCGUGACCCGCGUGAGUACCUAGCAGCACUAGGCAAGCUCAACGCCCUGCCUGACGAGGAGUACCGCCGGUUCAAGAUCGACGCGCAGCUCGCAAGAGCCUCUAAGGCGCUUGAGCAUCUUUAUCAGUCGUACCGCGGCAGCACUGAGGGCAGCGGGUUCAUGAGCGAGUCGGAUCUGUGGUCUGAAAUCGUCGAGUUUGUCAGCGAUAACGAGCUGUACGAGGAGGCAAUCAAGCUUUUGAACGGGCAGUCCCGGUUCAGCGACAUAUGCCGGCUGUUUGGUGACCACCUGGUAGAGAAGCGCGAGUUUGCGCAGGCAGCGUCGGCGUACUUGCUGGCGGAUGCACGCACACAGGCCGUUGAUGCGUUUAUUGACUCCAAAGAAUGGCGAGAGGCCAUGGCUCUGGCCACCGAUCCCGCCAGCGCGCUGUCGGCACAGGCGGUCCAUGACAUUGCUGUGCGUGCCAGCCUGGUCUUGGCGGAGCACCAUAUGUUCAUGGAUGCAGCUACAGUGCUACUUGAAUACACGGAGGAAGACGAGGACGCACUCGAGUUGCUUGUUAAGGGCAGCCACUGGGCCGAGGCGCUGCGUCAGACGCAGAUGCGCGCGCGCACAGACCUGAUCGAGACCACGGUCCUUCCAGGCAUCCAGACGGCCUACACCAGCCUCCUGGAGGACAUCGAGGAGAUCCGCGAGGCAUUCGACACCAAGCUUGCGCGCCUGACAGAGGUGCGUGCCAAGCCGCUGGAGGUGCUGGUGAACAAAAACGACGGCUCGCUGGACAACAUCGAUGUGAUGUCUGACACGACAUCGAUGGCGAGCCGGUUCAGCACAUUCACGGCCACCGUCACUAAUGCAACGUCGCGUGUGACGGGGUCGACGGCGCGGCGGAUCUCGAAGAACCGACGCAAGGCCGAGCGCAAGAAGGUGCGCGGCAAGAAGGGCAGCGUGUAUGAGGAGGCGUACUUGGUCGACUCGCUGGCCAAGCUCAUUGAUCGCGUGCGUGUGCACAUGCAGGGUGUGCGCGAGAUGAACCUGGCGCUGAUCCGUUUCAGCAAGCAGGCUCUGGCGUGUGGGCUGCAGGAUGCGUUUGCGCUGCUGGUGGGGCGGGUGCUGGAGAACGCUGACCGGAUCUUUGAUGAGCAGCGCGUGCAGAUGCAGCUGGGCGAGAACGGCAUUCCGGAGCCGGUGCCGAUGGAGGUCAACGAGUUUGGGCUCCAGUCGCAGCCCAAGCACCCGAAACCUGCUUUGCCGACCAUGGCGUGGAGGAUCCGUGCACUGUGCUAG